UGCACGCAGGAUCCACUAGGGGGCACCGCCUCUGCGGCCUCUUCCUCGCUCAUUGCGGGCAAGUAGCGGGUCGGCCUGCUUGUGGAGGAGCGCGGAAGUCCGACGGCGGGGCCUGAAAAGGCUUGAGGCGAAGGCAGGGCCCCAAAAGCAGGUGUGGAAGCGCCGCCCCUAACACUCCAUGCGCAAGAUGCUGGCCGCGCUCUCCCGUCUUCUGCAAGGCUCCGCUGCCCACAAGCCGGGAGCUGUUAGUGAGGCUGCCCGUGUGGUCGUUGCAUCUCGAAACUAUGCAGAUUUUGCUAAUGAGGCUUCAUUUGAGGUUAAGAAACAUGAUCUCCAUCGCUUGGAGGAGGGUCCACCCACAACAGCAGUUAUGACUCGAGAGGAGGGUUUGCAAUACUACAGGACUAUGCAAACCAUUCGGCGUAUGGAGCUGAAAGCAGACCAGCUGUAUAAACAGAAGAUUAUUCGUGGCUUCUGUCACUUAUAUGAUGGCCAGGAAGCCUGCUGUGCUGGACUAGAGGCUGCCAUAAAUAAAACGGAUCAUUUGAUCACCGCCUACCGAUGUCAUGCCUUCACGCUUACACGGGGGGUUUCAGUUCGUGAAAUCCUUGCUGAGCUCACAGGCCGUAAAGGUGGGUGUGCUAAAGGCAAAGGAGGCUCUAUGCACAUGUAUGCCAAAAACUUCUAUGGUGGUAAUGGAAUUGUUGGUGCCCAGGUUCCUUUGGGUGCUGGUGUUGCUUUGGCAUGCAAGUAUCUUGGCAACGAUGAAAUCUGUGUUACUUUAUAUGGAGAUGGUGCUGCCAAUCAGGGUCAGAUCUUUGAAACGUUUAACAUGGCAGCCUUGUGGAAACUGCCAUGCAUUUUUAUCUGCGAGAACAACAGAUACGGAAUGGGCACUUCAGUAGAAAGAGCUGCAGCCAGUACGGACUACUACAAAAGAGGAGACUUCAUUCCAGGGCUCAGAGUUGAUGGUAUGGACGUUCUUGCUGUAAGGGAAGCUUCAAAAUUUGCUGCUGAUCAUUGCAGAUCCGGAAAAGGUCCUAUCGUGAUGGAGCUACAAACAUAUCGUUAUCAUGGACAUAGUAUGAGUGAUCCUGGCAUCAGUUACCGUACAAGAGAAGAAAUUCAAGAAGUGAGGAGCAAAAGUGAUCCCAUUACUCUCCUGAAGGAUAGAAUGGUGAACAACAACUUAGCUAAUGUGGAAGAGUUAAAGGAGAUUGAUGUGGAAAUAAGGAAACUCAUUGAAGAUGCAUCACAAUUUGCCACAACUGAUCCAGAGCCACCUCUUGAAGAACUAGGCAAUUACAUUUAUAGACGUGAUCCACCCUUUGAGGUGCGUGGCCCAAAUCAGUGGACGCGGUACAAAUCUGUGGGCUAAUAUGAAAAUUAUAACUUCAGCAAUAAGUUAAAGGAUGGCUGUUGUACUGGGACUUUUUUCAUUUUUUUCUGUGGAACAAGAACCAGAUUAUUGCUCAUUUACUUUUUAAAAAGUGGCUUUGGCAGCAAAAUAAACAUUGUGUUGGGUGGGAAGAUAAACUACUAACAUAGAGUCCAGAAAGACUGAACUGCUCAACAAAAGAACUGAAUCAAGCAAUGUUUAUUUUUUAUAUAUACAAGCUUAGUUAUGGUCUGUAUUGCUCUAUUUAUCAAACUUACCUGCAAAUGAGAUUAAUGAAAUCUUUAUGUACAGUAAAAUAUAAUAAAGCCUCUU